AUGGGGGAUGUGACAGACUACCAGUUUGCGUACUUUAACAAUAUCAUCUACAAUGAACAAGAUCCGGACGGCCCCGUUUCAGACUUCGAUGUCUUCUCAGAAAGUGGGCGCUUGGAAAGCGGGCUGGCAGCAACCACAUAUAUCCGGGAAGAUCAGGACGGCAAGGGCGCAGUGGUGCUCACGUUUCUGGGAACAGAUACCAGCAAGGGCACGAAACUCGUGAAGGGACAGAUGAAGACCAAUUUUCAGCUGUCCCAGGACCCCGACGAGGACAUGCAGAUCGUCAAGGACGCAGUGGGAUAUGUGAGGGACACCAUUACGGAUCUGAAGAAGCAAAAGAGUGACGUGGACUGGACCUUCUACACCACUGGCCACUCCAUGGGGGGCUUCCUGGCCACUGCUGUUGCUGUGGUGCUCGAUCCUGAGAUCACCAAGGUGGUGACCUUUGACAGUCCAGGGCUGCCCAAAUUCUGGAGGGAGACCGCGCAGAAGAUGCAUGACGACUCCUACUGGAGGGAGCACAUUCUGGAUUACCUGACCUUCCCCAACCCCAUCAAUACCACUCUGCCCCACAUUGGACAUCUUGUGCGCCUGGAGCUGCACACCCACGGAGCGGCGACACCGGCGCAUGUGAUCCGCUGCAUCCUGGGCACAGCGCUCCGGGCAGCCGUGUGGGGAUCAGCUCUGAACUGGGGGCUGGCGCUUGCUGGAAAAUCGAGGAGUUUCUGGGCCACCAAGGCUGUGGCAGUGUCUGUGCGCACCAGCAAGAAGCUGUUCACCAGCCGCUUCAAUCUUCGGAAGACCUUCCGGGAAGCCAAGGCCGCCUCUAAAGAGGACUCGGAAAAAUUGGAUGCCGUCUCAAAUGGCAAGAGUGGCAAGUCCAGCGAGAAGGACAAGAAGGCCCUGGGGCCUAUCCUCUCCAGGCUGCCCCCUAGCUUGCGAGCUGCGGCGAUCACAACUUCGUGGGCUUUCACAACAGCGCUCAUUUCCAGCGUGUCCUAUGUCUCCACUCGCACCAGCGGAGCCAUCAACGACACCCAGCAGGAGCACAUGAUCGUCUCCAUCCUCUCUGGGUUUGACGAGGAGAGCGGGGAUGCACUGCAGCCGGUGGAAGUGCUGCAGUGGCCCUACCACGAGCUGCUUGUGAGAGAGGGGUUCACCAAGGCCCACUCACGCAGGGUGGCAGUGGAGGGGCUUCUGCCAAUGCAACCUGCGGCUUACGGUGUGCACAAUCUGCUGCGCCGUAAACAGCUGCUGCUGGCGCGCGCACACUCCCUGCCCGGGUACAAGGAAGCCUGA